GAUACCAUCGACGUUUAUUUACAACGCUUAAAAUCCUAAGUUAUCAGAAAACAUGGUUCAAUCUGCCUAUGAUAUUUUGUUCAACAAGAACACAGUAUCUACUGGACCAGUCUCCACAACCCCAGCUGUCACAAGGGGCAAGCUUUUUGAAUGGCAGAAGAAUUCUCCUCUCAAACUCGGAAAACAGAUGAUCACCAUUACCGUCGGCGCUGAAAAUAAGAAGUUCCUAGUUCAUGCCGACCUCAUCACUCGUCAACCUCGUAUUUUUCGUCGUCUACGAGUCUCUAGAUCGGUUGACACAGGCUUAUCAGUAGGGUGGUUUGAUGUGUUCCAACCCAUAUCGUGUUCUGUGUUUGCCCGCCUUCUCCAGUUUGCCUAUCAUGGUAAACUCUUCCCCGGGAUUUCGCUCGAUACAUUAUGGCAUCUAUACAUCUUUGCCAACAAAAACAAAGCCUUGGAUCUUGAGGAUAUCAUCAUGAAUCGGAUUAUGGCCACGUAUCGAUCCGACAAACAGUUUUUUCCUGAGCCAAGACAUAUCGAACUUGGGUAUAACAGCACCAAGGAGAAUUCUACUGGGAGAAAGUUUCUUGCUUUGUGUUAUGCUACCAUGAUGCAUGUCAACACAAAGCUCCCAUCGACCCCCAUCUACGAUAAUGGGGUUUUAUUAGAGUUGGGAAAUAAAUGCGAUGGUCUUUCGACUGAUGUCGCUAAUUUCACGAAUGGCAAGGGGUGGAUAAAUAUCAAAGAUUGGGAUCCAAGAUAUGCUUCUGAAUGCCUGUACCAUCAUCACGCAUGGGGAGUAGAAUGUGAGAGUCUCAGUUAAAGGGAGGUAGGGAGAAGGAAUAAGGCAGAGGCUCAGUCGGGGGUUGAGAUUGAUAUAUUCUUACAGGAGAAUUGACAAGAUCAAUUUCGGGACAAAAAGAAGUUCAUGAAUCACCGUCUUGUA